AUGCACCGUGUGCUCUUCAGCUCGGAGCGCGAGUUUCCUUGCGCGUGGGCGCGGCAGGGCUUUGCGUUGCGCGGAGGCAGCUUCGCCUGCGGGCUGAAGCAGCAUCAGGGUGGGCCUUGCGGCGUGCUCGCCGUAGUGCAGGCGAUGCUGGUGCGUCACAUCUCUGUGGGCGGCGUUUUGGCGGCCAGCUCCGAGGCGGCCGCCUCCAGGCUGAUCGACAGCCUCGCCGGCAUCGUGUGGUCAGCGCGGGUGGGCCGGCUUGCAACUGUGGUGAGCUGUCGCGCGCCCGAGCUGCCGCCGAUGCGGGAGGCGGGAGACCACCUCGUGCAGACCUCCUGCCGGUCGGAGGAGGAGGUGCGAGGCGCGAUUCAGGCGGCGGCAGGUGCGUACACCCGCCCGUCCGGCGGCGGCGUGGCCUUGUUGCUCUACUCGAUGCUCCUCACACGGGGGCUGGCGAUGGUGGCACGCGACGCCGACUUCCCUUCGCCACUGGUCUUGCCGAACGGGUACUGCGCGCAGGAGCUCGUCAACUUCCUCCUGUGCGGCCGCGCCUACUCCAAUGUGUUUGACGGCGAGAGGGUGGUCGGCGAGGACGGCGAUGGCUCGCCCACUCGCCUGCGCGGCAUCCCUCGCCCGGUGCCGGUGGGCUUCCUGACUCUCUUUGAGCGGCAAGGCUCCCUGCUUCCGGCCCUGAGCGGCGGAGACAGCGCGGAGGGCUGCGUCACGGUUGGCUCCCACCUGAAGCAGCCAGAGCACCCGGUGUACGUGAUCCAGUCCGAGGCGCACUAUUCGGUGCUUUGGCUCGCCUCCGACGCUCCGCCCGAGCUGGAUGUGGCCGACACGUUUGACGUCCUCUACUUUGACCAGCUCGCGGAGGCGGAGCAUCCCACCCGGCUCACGCUGCGGCGCGGACACUCGCCUCCGUCCCAUCCUCCGCCACUGGAGAGCGUGCUCCUUACGCGGUGGCCCGCCGCCGCGGUCGUCGACUGGAAUGGUGCCGAGCCUCUCCUCUGA